AUGGCGAAAGUGUGGCUAAUGUUUUCUUGGCCUGAAGUACCACUGACCACCGAGGGAUACCGUCAAGCACAAUAUGCUGCCAACAUUGUACAAAGUCACAACAUUGCUUUCGAUUGUGCUUAUACAUCCGGUUUGAAACGCGCUCAAGACACUUUGACCGUCAUUCUCAGAGCCCUCGCUUGUCAAGGUAUUCCGACCAAGCAGGCUGCAGAACUCAACACACGAAGCUUCGGAGACUUGGGUAAAUGGACCAAGGAUCGGGCCUGCGCGCAGUUUGGUGAAGAUCAGGUCAAGUUGUGGUAUGGUAUCGAGUAUGAAAACGUUGCUGAUGUUGCUCCUCCUGGGGGUGAGACUUUACGAUACUGUGAGAACCGAGCACGAUCCUACUACAUGAAUGAAAUAAAGAACAAAGUCUUAGCUGGAAAGAAUAUCUUAGUGGCUAUUAGCAGGAACCCAAUUUAG